AAAGAUGUUUAUGCAAUCAGAUUUCUCAUCAAAUAAUUUGAGGAAGUCAUAUGAAGACACGGAAUUUGAAACAAGUGAGGUCAGCAUUCUGUUGCAUGUAACUUCUUCUUAGACCUUUACACUUAUUUGUAGGCAGCUACUAUGUUUCUACACCACACCGGACAAAACAUGACUUGGUCUAUUCUAAUGGUAAUAAUUCUGGGCAUCGCUGGACAAGUGGAUACAAAUGAUGUUUUUGACAUUUAUAAGACGAGAAUUGUAGUGAUGGACGGUGCAAAAGCAGUGUUUCCGUGCAGGCUGAAGGAUCCUUCUAUAGAAGAUGUCUUCCUCAAACGCGUGGAUUCCCCUGAACUUCGAGAAGGGCUUAAUGUCACGUAUGACAAAAGAGAAGGAGUUAUUAUUGAAAGGGUACAACUUAUUGAUAAUGGGAAAUAUUAUUGUGAAGCUAAUAAAAAUGGAAUGAAAUUCAAGUCAUUGGACUUCAGAUUAGUUGUUAUGCCAGUGCAAAAUGAACUUCCUAAGACAAGGCCAUUGUUGGAAGACUAUGUUCGAAUAGUAGGAGAACGCUUUGAAGUGAGCUGCAUCGCAGAGAAUAUUGAUUUUGACAUGGAGGUCAUCUGGUACCACAAGGCAAACAGCACAGUUCGUAUCGCUGACUAUGCAACAAUGAAUAAGGUCUAUACUAAAACCGUUACCUUGAGUAUUGAUUCAGUGACAUUGGGAGACACUGGCAAUUUCACAUGUGAAGCUACAAAUCAGAUUGGAACCAGCAAGUUGAUGACACAUCUCCAAGUUGUUGGUGAGCCUUAUAUACGGAUGUAUGCUAAUGAGAGUACCAUCAAUGUGAAGGAAGGAGAGGACGUGAACCUGUCUGUGAGUUUUGAUGCGUACCCAGAACUUCUGAAACAUGAAUGGAAGUCAGCCAAAAAGGAAAAUAUGGAGCCUUCAACCAUAAUUACAAAAGGGAUCAACAGGUAUGCGAGCACCUAUACCCUGCAAAGAAUUAAGCCAGAAGAAGCUGGGCAAUACACAUUUUCUGCUACUAAUGUGAACAACAGCCCUUCUAAUUCAAGCUCAUCUAUAACAUUUAAUGUCUUUGUGCACUAUCUAAAGAAUGUUGAACUCCAUACUAUGAACAGUUCGGGUAUGUACUACUGCACAGCAAAUGGGUUUCCAGCCCCUGACAUUAAAUGGUAUAGUUGUCAAAAUUCCUGGUGUAAUGGAAGUAAAGAACUGAUCGAUGGUAGUGAAUCAUACCAAACUUCAGAUAGUACAAAGGAUAUAUUUGGAUCAAUUGAAAUGGAAAGUUACAUCAAUGCUGACAAAAUGUCUGGUCAUUUAAUUCUAGAGUGUUCUGCUUCCAAUGAUGCUGGACAAGAGUAUGAUCAUAUAGUGCAAGUUCCUCCGCCUGAAGAAACGUUGAAGCCAUUCCUUAUUGCAGCAGUGGGACUAACAACAGCAAUGUUGUUAAUCAUUAUAGUCCUCAUUUAUAAGUACAAGCAAAAACCAAAGUUUGAAGUGCGCUGGAAAAUCAUCCAGGUUGGUGAAGGGAAUGAGUACACAUUUAUUGAUCCAUCUCAGUUACCAUACAAUGAGAAGCUAGAGUUUCCGAGAUCACAACUGCACCUCGGUAAGACCCUUGGAGCAGGAGCAUUUGGCAAAGUUGUUGCAGCUACUGCUUAUGGACUAGGGAAAGAGGAUGCUAAUACCAAGGUGGCUGUGAAGAUGCUGAAACCUACAGCUCACAGUGAUGAAAAAGAAGCUCUGAUGUCAGAGCUGAAGAUUAUGAGUCACCUCGGACAACAUGAAAAUAUUGUUAACUUGCUGGGUGCAUGCACAUAUGGAGGUCCGAUUCUUGUCAUAACCGAAUACUGCUGCCAUGGUGAUCUUCUCAACUUUCUGCGAAAGAAAGCUGAUUGUGUUAUUGCUUAUCCAAUUAAAGAACUGCUCCAGGACUGCAUUGGGGACUACAAAAACAUAAGGGCGAAUAAGAAAUACACAAGAAGUGACAGUGGUUUUGGAAGUCAACACUCUGAUGGAUAUCAAGAAAUGAAGUCUGCAUUUAUAAAUAUGAAACGGCAUGAAAAAAACUAUGGUGACAACAAAACUGAAGAAGAUGUGGAGCCCCUUAAUCUGGAUGACCUGCUGAAGUUUUCUAAUGAUGUUGCACAAGGAAUGGCUUUUCUGUCUUCAAAGAAUUGCAUUCACCGUGACCUAGCUGCCAGAAAUAUUUUGGUGAGCAAUGGACGAGUUGCUAAAAUCUGUGAUUUUGGACUAGCCAGAGACAUAAUGAAUGAUACUAACUAUGUUGUCAAAGGCAAUGCACGCCUUCCUGUGAAGUGGAUGGCUCCAGAGAGCAUCUUUGAGUGCGUGUACACCGUACAGAGUGAUGUCUGGUCAUAUGGAAUUCUGCUCUGGGAGAUCUUCUCCUUAGGUAAAGGUCCUUAUCCAAGCAUGGCAGUUGACAGCAAAUUUUACAAGCUGAUAAAGGAUGGAUAUCAGAUGAGCAGACCAGACUUUGCUCCUCCUCAAAUGUACGACAUUAUGCAGUCGUGUUGGAAACUUGAGCCCACUAGGCGACCAACGUUCGAGCAGAUUGGAAAGUUAAUUAAAGAACAGCUAAGGGAUCUCUCCUUGUCCCAGGAUUAUGAGAAUAUUACUUACCUGACAGAAGCCAAAGAAGAACAGAUGGAUGAGGUCUCUGAAUGCUUCAGCGAGUCUUGCUCCCAAGGACCAAAUGCUGAACUUCUCCCCAGAAGCAACAAUUAUCAGUUCUGCUAAAGAGGCUAUCAAAAAGGAAAAGUUGUCAUGGAUAUCUGCAUUAGAAAAAUAUAAAUCCUUAUUCAAAGUACUUCACAGUAUGAUGAUUUCUGCAUGUUUAUAACUUCUAAGACAUAUAAAGCUUAUUGAAGAUGGACUUUUGCUUACUUAGUAUAGUUUCUGCAUGAAACUCUUCAUGAAUCAGUUAUGGAAAUCUACUUCCUUGUUUACUUUAUGGGCUGAAUAGUGUAUUUCUCUGUGCUUCUGAACCAAAUGAAUGUAACAAUAACUAAAUUAUCACUUUAUGCGUACAUUAUUAUUAUUAUUAUUCAGUUUAUUAUCCUUCUUUAGUCUGGCAGCUAGUGCAGAGGGUUAAAGCUGUGAAUCAUAGAUUCUGUGGUACAGGGUUUAAUUCCCAUAGCCCUCAUGUACCUACUGUGUGAUAUAGUAAUUCAUUUAACCAGACUUUGCUCUCCGUUAACCCCUGAAAAAAGACUGUGCUUCCAGUUGGUCUACCUGGUGAACAAAUAGGUGUUGUUAUGAUUAGCUGUGUAUUUCACCAGCCAAAUGUUUAGGCUCUAAGUUUUCUGUCACCAUAGUUCCUUAAGCAGUAAAUUGCAACAUCUGUCUCAUAACACCUUUCAAGAUAAACAUGAUGCACCUCACAAGAGGUCCUCCUUUGCCAAGAAUUAGCCAAAUGGCAUGUUCAUUUAUUGGAAGGGGGCUCUGAGCUGAAGUGUGGCCUGCGCCUAGUCCUGGUUCUGCUAUGACAAUAAUGUGUUUUUGCCUGUCAUGCAGCUAGCGAAAGAGCCUCUUAUCUUCUCUAAGCUGCAGCCUGCAAUGAAAAACUGCAUUCAUGUCAUGCUGCAUGGAAAGAUAGCUGCCCACGUCCACAAAGUCUGUCUCUCUCUCUCUCUCUCUGUGACUUUUAAUGUUGGGAAUCUGGCCUUUACUGAAAUCCUUUGGCACUGGACAUAACUUUCCCUAGGAAUGUCAGUAGUGUUCAGGUUCCAUGUCCACCCCACAACAUCCUCCACACAAAACUUUCCGCUGGUGUCAGAGGUCAUCAUUGCAUCAACAGGACUCUGCCAAGAAAUUCAUGUAUGUAUCAUACUAAAGAGGUAGAGCUGUAAGUACCGACAUUCUGUUCACGGCUUGGUGGCCACAUCACUUAAAAUUCACAAAGCCAAUGGUGUAGUGUUUUUAUACUAUAAAUGUACAUCCCCAAGCUGGAAGCAUGAAUCGGGUUUUGUGAUUUAACUUACUGAACAUUCGCAUCCCUAAAUGUGGUCAGGAUUUAUUACAAACUGCUUGACACACAUGAAAAUGCCUUUAUCAAAGACAAAAAUAGCAGUAGUGGUGUAAGUCCAUCAAGUUCACAGUGCUGUCUACCAUGGUUCACUAAUGGGCCUAAAGUGACUUGACAAAAAUAUGUGCUUCUGUUAAUAAGCAGCACAAAAGCAUGAAGCUGCCUUUGAUCACAUAAUGCCACUGCUGUUUUCAUUAAAUCUCAUUCUACUGUACUCUAUGACUGACCCAGACUCUAAGUCUGCUGUUUCAUGAUGUAGCACUGUCAAUUUCUCUGUCUUUCAUGUAUGAAAUAUUACUUCCAAUCCUCAAAAUGUAUUAAUUUUAAACCAAAUGUUACUAUUCCUUUUAGUCCCUAAUAACUAAUUUGCUCAAAUAAGGAAUCCAAAAAAGGUGUAGAGUUGUCUGCUCAAAUAUAUUUUUCUAGGGCAGAACCCACCCCAAACACUCAAGCUGGCAUGCACAUGCACAGACUCACACACACACACACGCACACACACACACACACACACACACACACACACACACACACACACACACACACACACACAAACACACACACACUCGUAGUCCUGCAUGUACACCUGCAUGCACAUGUGCACACACACCCUAUUCAAAUAAUAUGUCAUGUGUGGGAGUCUUGAUUUUAUUGGUAGAAGUUUAAAGGUACCAUUACUAAGAUGUACCUUUCCAGCUUAGUACUAAGUACUUUUGUCACUUCUGGGCUAUGACAGAGCCUAUCCUUUGCCUAAAUCUGAUCUGUUUGUUAGGCAUCCAUAUCACACUACAAGUUACGAGCUAUUUUCCAUGCCCACUGCUCUCCUUGUGCUCUCUAAUCCUCUCCUUUGUCGAUGUGCUGGCUGCAGGCAUAACUAGCACUUCUCAGAAGGCUUCCUCCAACUCCUCUCUUGACAUCUAUAUAUUUUCACAUGGGUCCUUCUUGAUACCAUAUUAGCUGUCUCCUCUGACAGGCCCCUUGUACCUACAUGCAGUGCUUCAUGAAUCCAGCCCACCCUUCCAGCAUGCAUAAGACCUGUGAUUGAAUGCCUAGUUCCAUGUCCUACUCUCCAGUUUUCAAACCCAGGCUGAGAUAAUUACAAGCAUAAAGUCAAUCACUACACUGUAAAAUAGGUCCAUGUGUAUACAUUCCUUUCAAGUUCUGAACAUGUUUUACCAUUAAAUAUCUCCCACUCCAAGACAGACAUCAGAAUACCCUGGAAGAGAGUUACUAACAUUGAAUAAUGUUUAAACGUGCUCAAGAAGAUGUUGUUGCCUGACUGAGUCACUUUGGAGCAAAACCUGACUAGAAAAUGGGAACUUAGGAACAAUAUUAGGCACGUGAUCACAAAAAACCAUAACAGGCCUAGUCAUAUGCAUUUAUUUUUUUCACAGUCGUUAUGAGUACAUAAUAGUACCCACCUCCUAAACCAAACAGGACAAUGGAUGAUAAACUGGUGUAAAUUUAUGUUUACCAUCCAGUCAUCAACAUUUGCCAUUAAGACAGACAAAGUAGUACUUUGCUUGACCUGUAGUGAUAACUUAUAUUGGGUUGAGAAUAAAAUGAGUUAGGAACCUAUCUCUCAAGCAAGUCUUGUUUAUUUCUUGGUGCACAAUUUAGUUCCCUGGCAAUGCUGUUUGUAGAACCACUGUUUUUUUGUGAAGACCUAAGAGAUCAAAUAGGACUUGAUCAUUUAUGACUCAAAAAGAAACAUAGGUCACUUUAGAGCAGACAUUAGACAACUGACCAUAAGGAAAGUUGCGCUCACCUAUCAAGAUAGUUGAAGAAUUAAAGGCAAUUCAUUUUUUGGUAAAAUUUUUUGAGGCCUUUGCAGCUAGGCAAUAUCAUUGGAUUUGUACAUACCAAAGAGGGCACUGUAUUCAAUUAUGGUUCUGAUAAGAGAAGAGUACCAUGGUAAGAUAACUUCAUGGGGUCUUGAAACUAUUCCCUUAGAAAUUAACUGGACCAGAUAGAAGGAUUUCCUGACUAUGGACCCUAAGGAUAAGAGAGAUGAUUUCCAUCUGCUGCAUCCUAUUCCCUGAGCCAUCCCUAUUGGCAUUUUAAGACCAUUCCCAAACAUGGGUUGUAAGCAUGAUUUUUGUCCUUCCUUUGAAAAACAAUAUAAACAGGCAUGUUGCCUGAUGAAAUAUCCAAGUAAAUAAAAGAAAUCUGGAACUUAAAACAAGAAAUGUAUCCAUGUUAUAUGCAACAUAUAUAAUAGGUUUGUCACCAAGUUCACCUCAAUUUUAGGAGACAAACAAAAAAUAAAUAAGUACAGUAUGUCUUCUUAAGGCAAAUGUGGAAAUUACUAAUUAAAUGAAAGUGUUUGCUAGCAAAACCAUCAUUAAGCUAUGAAAUUAACUUAAACUGUUCUUAAAAUAAAAGUUAAAUGUCUGUAGGUUUACUUUUUCAGCAAGUCAUUGAUUGUUGUACCACACCCUGUAACACCUAAUAUUAACAUUGCUAAUGGAAUAGUUUAAAUAGAU